AUGAAAAAUGAAAAGGAUUGUUUGGCAGCAGAUGGAGUUUUAAUUAGGGGUAGCAGUUCGAAAACGAACAGCGGUCUACCAAUAUCUCCACCAGAUGGUGGGUAUGGUUGGGUUAUCGUACUUGCUUCAUUUUUUGCCAAUGUUAUUGUGGAUGGAAUUAUUUAUUCGAUUGGCGAAACACUUGUUGAAAUUUGGGAGCAGGAUUUUAGAACAACAGCUAUGCAAGCAUCUAUUGUGCAGUCAUUACUUACUGGAUUUUACUUUCUUGCAGGUCCGAUGGCAAGUGGGCUUACAAAUUUAUUUGGAUGUCGCUUGGUUGUCAUAGCUGGUUCUAUUACAACAUUUGUUGGUUUCAUUUUAUCUUCCAUCGUACCAACACUUUCAUUGCUUUACAUCACGUUCGGUAUUAUUGGAGGAAUUGGCUUUGGACUUGUUUAUUUGCCAUCAAUAUUGGUUGUGAAUCAGUACUUUGAGAAACGAAGAGCCCUCGCUAUGGGAAUAGCUGUAUGUGGUUCAGGUAUUGGUACCACCGUAUUUUCACAGUUAUUUCCAUUUUUACUAGAAGUUUGUGAAAACAAUUGGAGGCAUUUUCUCGUUUAUGCAGCAUUUAUUACACUUCUGUCUGUCUUAUGUGGUUUGUGUUAUCGAAAAAUACCGUUAGAAAUACCGUCGGAAGAUAAUGAGGAUAAAAGAAUGAAAUCUGAUUCUGAUUCGUCCUAUGAAGGAAACGAUGGACAUGACAGUUUGUCUUCACAGCUCACUAUCAACCAUUCAAUAUCUAUGAGUAGUCUGCAAGGAAAAGUGUUUCAAGAUGAAGCCGAAGAAAUGACUGGUAAUUAUUUAAUGAUGAUUUCAAGAACGACGACACAAGUACCGUUGCAAAAAUCUAGAAAGGCAUUUCCUUUACAAAACAUUUUGCGUUCAAUGAUUGAUACAAGUUUGCUGUCAGAUCCGAGCUUUAUAUUGAUUGCAAUCACCGCUUUUCUGACACUUUGUUGUCUCUUUGCAAUUAAAGUAGGUGCGACUUCAAGCCAGCAAUCAUAUUUAUUAUUUGUUAUAGGGCUUGUUAAUAUCUUUGGACGAAUAUUAUGCGGGCUAAUAUCGGAUUUACCAAACGUAGAUCCGUUAUUUAUUCAUAAUCUGGGCAUAAUCAUUGGCGGUCUAGCAACUUGCAUCGUACCAUUACUAACACAAUAUUGGAUGUAUGUAGUAUAUACAAUACCGUUUGCAUGGAGUGUUGCAUGUUUCUCAUCACUUCGUGCCAUUAUUUGUAUUGAAUUACUCGGUUUGGAAAAGUUUUCUAAUGCUUUUGGGAUGAUGAUGCUCUCUAUGGGCAUUGCUGCUUUAAUUGGUCCACCACUUGCUGCGCUAUUUAAAGAUCUAAGCGGGAAUUUCGAUCUGUCAUUUUACGUAAUGGGUUCAUUGCUAACACUGAGUGGAGUGCUUUGCAUACCACUUCGAAUAGUCAAAUCACGCAUAUCAAAUCCAAGAUUGCCGAGAAAUACCAGACAAUCAGGGCUGCAGUCCAUGAAUAUAACAGAACGAUUUUGA